UGAGGGACGACGAUGCCCACUGACUCAUGAUUCAAUUGAUGAUAGACUGCGAGGUAGGAGGCUAAUGAGAGAAGUGCUAGUAGAUUCAGCUUUUUACUUACGUUGAAUAGCUUUUGGUGAGCUCGAAAACGACAGAGCGUCUGACCGACUCUCUGAGACUCUGAUGCAAAUUUGAUGGCUCUCUGGCUUGGACUAAUAAGAGGUGCGAAGGUAGAUUUAGCAAUCAUAUCUCGUAGCGUGGGCUUUAUGGAGAUACGUAGUCUUCCUCGGCAGAGUACGCAUGUCAUCGUCCUGUCCUGUGCUCGAGGUUUGAGGAAAGAACAUGAGGUUUAUCUUCAUCACCCGAUACAUAACCGGAGCCUUUUCUGCCGGAUUUCCGCUAUCCCGGUCCGAGGUGAUGGCUUGUUGCCAGACUCAUGAAUAUGCUUGGUUUUGCCUCUCGGCAGUCUCAGACCUGUCCUCAGGUUUCUCAUAGGACCCAAGGGCCCCACUCUUCCUCAACUUCCCCUUCAACUCUUCCUCAACUCCCCCUUUUGGGACAAGAACGUAGGUAGAAAAUCUCGACUUACGAUUUUUACGAUUUACGGUCUUUCCCUCAAACCUCAGAAGCAAAAAGGCGAGAGAAUAUAGGCUGAGAUGAGAUGACCUCCGUGUGGUUAAAGCCCGCAUCAUCUCUGCAGAGCUUGCGGGGUGAAGACGUGAUGUAGUAACCAACGUAAAACUCAAUGCUCGGUAUCAUCCUAGACAGACCGCACACUUAACGAUUUUCUGAUUUGAUCUAUAAUUAUUAUAUGCAAAUAAUUCGGCUUGCACGUAACAUGGUCACUUAAGAAGUGAUUGAUGUUUGAUUCUUGGGUCAGGUGGGGCCUCGAGUGAUGACUUGUUUGCCGUUGAUAAGUCGCAACGGCUCCCGUUGUCUUUCAGCAAAGUUUUACAAUGUCAAGAAACGUGAUGCUUCCACUGAGUUCAGGAACCGCAGCGCCUACCAUAAUAAGCCGCUCUCGUCCUUUCGAAGAAGGAUGCCGAAAGAACGACAGGGACUUUGGUGGGCGCUAACCAAGAAUCACGAACUAGUCAGGUUACUCCUCGUAUUGCGGCAAAAUGGAGCAGUGUGGUUUGCACACCAGUGUAUCAACAGCCGGUUCAGUAAAGUGUGAGAAAACAAGGUGGAAUCGAAACUCCUGUGAAAUCUGCUGUAUGAUGCGAUGCAUUGAAAUGCAUUUGAACAACUGUGUAUGACACGGUGAUCAACUUCAUAGCACAUUAUUGUACCGAUAUCCUUAGGAGAUCAAAUCUCCAGUGAAGUACGAUUUGAAUCUGCAAAAUUUGAUCAUUCCAACAUCUUCACUGUUUACGCAUGUUCCUUUCCUCAGACAAAUAUUGUUGGACGAUUUGGGUCGCCUGAUUUAUCAUGCUCUCCAAUUCGCGAAUCCUGACUGGACGAAAAGCCGCCGCUUGGAGAAAGCAAUUGGUUUAGAUUUCUGUAGGAACGUG